AUGGGCGUGCUGCGGGUUGUAGACGUGUUCGGCAGCAGACAGCCAGGCUUUGCAGGCGUCAAGUUGUCGGGGAAGGCGAGCGCUCUUUGUGUGUUGGCCUGGCCACCACAGGAAGUGGGUUGGGCUCUUCGUAAUGCUUUGUGCAGCGUGCUGCGGGUUGUAGACGUGUUCGGCAGCAGACAGCCAGAGCUGGCCUAUCUAAGUGACGUAUUGGGUAUUGCUGUUGUAUUCUACCGACUUGCCCGAGCAUAA